AAUUCGCUGUAUGAUAAUGUUCUAUCGUUUGUUCCAUGAUUUCCAGGAAUGAACUUCCAAUUCUCAUAUUCCAUUGUCUUUUUAUCCUUAGAUGAAAAUAAAUAUUUACACCUAAAUCUAUCUUUAAAAUUAUUUAUGCUUUUGCUUAUCACUUUGCUGAAGUUUUGCUGUUGAACGAAUAAUUGUUUUGGGUUAGUGGAUUCUGGAUACUGACGUACAAUUAUUGUCUAAACGUAAUAGUGAUCUUUGUGCCAGCAAUGUUAUUGAAAUGAUUUUUCAUAUUUACUACUUAAAGCUGUGAUGUACAUUGAUAAACGAUAAUUUUACGAAAACCAAUAAAUUAAUUUGAUUGUAAGUAUACUAUUAAAACAUCAAUAAAAUCAUAACUAACACAAGUUAUUGACAAAUAAUCGAUCUUUUGUUUUAUAAUUAUUUAAUAUUUAUUAAUAUAUUAUAUAGACCAUGAUGGUAGAUGAACAAAAAGAACUAGAAGAUCAAGAAAUCAUUGUUAAUGAGGUUGACGGAUUACCAAGCUUACUAAAUGAUAAGAAUGAUUUAUAUAAAGCUAUAACUUCAGAACAGUCAUCUAUAGAUGAUCUGAAUGAUGAAGAUUUGCCUACAUCAUUAAUUGUAACUAAUAUCGAUCCUGCUAUUUUUAAAGAUGAUAAUCUAAAGGUUGGUUUAUUACCAUAAAAAAGUAUAAAUAAAUUGUUUAGACAAAAUACUAUUAUUGUUUUGCAGAAGGAAAUAGAAAUGUUGUUUAGUCGUUUCGGAGAGAUAAUUUCUGUUCAAUAUUUCCGUAGCUUCAAACGCCUUAGGGUCAACUAUGGUACUUCAGCAUCUGCUGCCAAUGCCAGAAUUCAAAUGCAUCAAAUAAGGUUCUAUGAUACAAUAAUCAACUGUUACUUUGCACAGGUAUAUUAUUGAUCUUUAUUGAUAAUAUUUGUCAACUUUAAAUAUUUAUAUUCAAUAUUUGUAUUAAGCCUGUUACACCGAUUGAUGCUGCAGAUCAACAUUUACAAUUACCAGCGCCGGUAAAACAAUUUUUGAUUUCACCUCCUGCAUCUCCGCCAGAAGGUUGGGUUCCCAGGGCUGAAGGCGAGCCUCUUAUUAAUUAUGACUUACUCGCUGCUAUAGCAAGUCUUACACCUGGUAAAUAAAUAUUAAUAUUUUGUAUUGCUAGGUAAUAUACUAAUCUCUCUUAUAUAUCUCUAUAUAUAUAUCUUUUAUUUUUGAAAGAAUAAAUAAAAAUACAAAUUUAUUUGUAUCUUUAGAUAAGAGAUUAACUAAAUUUAUUUUACAAUGGUUGGUUUAUUUUUAAAACUACAUUUUUAUACCAUUUUAGUAUUUGGAUUAAUAUAUGAUUUAUUAUUAUUUUAUUAUUUGAAAAUAAAUUACAACAAUGUUGGUAUUGUUAACUAAAAAUUAAUAAUUUUUCUUUUUUAAUUAAAAAUUUUACAUUUAGAGGAAAUCAAAUUUAAUUGUUUAUUUUCAUUUCUCAUGUGAUAAUAAUACAAUAUAUUCAAACAUAAUAAAGACUAAAUAAAUAUUAGGUUAUCAUCAUAUAGGUAAGUAUAAUUACAACAAAUGUCCAUAUUCUCAAAAUUUGAUUUCUUUAUUUUUUAUUACGAUUUAUUGUCUAUCUAUCAUAUCAUAGAGCAAUUUAGUUUUGUUAUAUUUAUAUUGGUUGGUUUUUAUUAGGAAUGCCAUAAGGAUCAUAAACAGUUUCUUUAUUAUAGAGUGAUCUUUAUUUAUGAUAAAUAUUAAAUAAAUUUACCCACUUUUUAUAUUAACUUAAAUACUUUUUUUUUUAAAAAAGAGUUUUGAAAUUAAAUUUAAACGAAAAUUGCAAAAAAUUACGAUAUUUCAAAUUAUAUAUUACCAAACUAAGCUAUAUUCGCGCAUUGGAGUAUCAUUUGUGUGGCGACCCCGGUCUGCGGUGUUUCAUUAGUGCAUCACUACUUUUUCCCUCGACCUAAACUUAAAAGUAGAAUAUUUUGUUAAUGGGUUGACAGAAAUUAAAAAUAUUGACACCAAAAUAUAUUUAAAGUAAUACUCUGUCUAUUUAUGGAAUUUUUAAUAUAGGUUCUCAUUUGAAAAACCAAAGUUGAUAUCGCCACAAGAUACUCCUUAUGUUAUAAAAAAUCUAACUAUUCCAAAAUAUUGGCUUUAGUUACAUUUAAAAAUUCCAAAAAUCAGAAUUUGAGUAUAUGUAAAAUUGAACCAAAUAAAUGGGGUAAGCACGGGUGAAUCACCCUGUAUAUACUAGUAAAGAUCUCCCCCCAAUUUUGAAAAGAUUGAAAAUUACUUGUGGGCCUCAUGCCUUGAAUUAUUUUGAGUUUGUGCAUUAUUGACCUAAACAACAAGUGUCUACUUUUUAUUGGAUAUAAUGAAAGAAUACUGAUGUUUUUCAAAUGUAUUUUAAAAUUCCAUUGUAUUAUUUUUAACCAUAAAAAAUUAUCUUUAAAUGUUAUAAUAUUGUGCUGUAAGUCAAUAAAUUCACUUUUCAACAAACCAAUAUUGCAAUUACAAAUAUUUAUAUUAAAUAUAUAUUUUAUUACCCAUUGAUUUGAAAUAAAUUGGAAUACAUUACAAGUUUAUUUUAUUGAAAAGACUGUUCAUUUAAUUUUUAAUGCACCUAAUAGUUAAGAUAUUGUGGUUUUAAAGUUUCUAUAUCAGUAUCACUAGAGAAAACAUUAUUUUCUCCUAUUUAAAUUGAUUUUAGUAAUACUUGAAAAAUCUGUUAAAUUGGAUUUACUAUUUAAAAGUUUAGAAUGUACAAAUUUUAUAACUCAGUUUUAGAACAAGCUGCACAAAUUUAUUUUAAGGGAAACACUGGGUACAGUUAACUGUACUACGUACAAAAUUUAGAAUACUGCUUUUUUGGAACCUUACUCCAUGAUCAAAUUGAAUCCUGUAAUAUAAUUAGACUUGGAAUUAGAGGAGGAUCAAAAAGGCUCAGAUAAACAUACACAUUGCGUGUUCACAAUAAAACUUGACAUACUACUGUGGGCUCACAUAUCUAUAUCUGUUCUCAGAACCUUAAAUUUUAGUACCAGAAUGAUAGAUUUGAUUUAGAUGUAAAAUAUAACUAAAAUAUUGAUAUGUUGUAUAUAUGGUCACUUUUAUUCGUCUUAAUAAUAUUUUAUUCAAAAUUAUCAAUAUAUGGAUGAGUCCAAGAUAGAAAACCAUUAGUCGUGUAAUUAAAAAUAUUAUAAUAUAGUAAUAGUAUAUUUUAUUACUAUUAUAGUUAGAAAUAAAGGAUAAUUGUAUGCCUAUUUUUUCAGGUCAACCUCAUGAAAUUCAUGCUGCAACUGAUACUUUACCAGGCAUUGUUCUACAUGUGGCUGAGGGGCAUGAAAAUAAUAAAACAACGGUUAAAAUUCCUCAUACUAGGUUACCAGAUAAAUGAAAUGCUAUUUUAUUAUCUAAGUUAUUUUCUUAUUAGAUAACUAAUGUCUCUAUGUAUGUUUAAUGCUGUUUUGUGUAAUUUCUUUGAUAUUUUUAACUAUGUAUCAUCUUUAUGAACAUACCUUUUACAAUUUGUAUUUUUGAAUUAUUUUAUGUAGUAUUAUUAUUUAAAUUAGAACAUUAUUUUCAAAUGGUUGUAUAUUUAAGAUAAUCUAUAAUCAUUUUAGUAUUUAUUUCCUUUAAGACUGUCAAUAAAAUUACUUAACAUAAAUUUUAAUUUUUAAUACAUGAGUGUGUAAAAUAUAAAUUCUAAUAAAAUUAUGUAAACAAGUUGAGCGUGCAAUUUAUAAAAAAAAUAAAUAAUCUUUAAGAUUAUGUAUUUACAUUGAUACAAAACUAAUUAUGUUAUUCCUGCUAAAAAAAUUUUAAAGAAAAAAAUAAAAAUAGAUUAAAUCCAGUUUUUGAUCCCAUCUGAACUCUGGCAUGCAUGUCAAAACACUUAAAAUAUUAAUAUUAUAAAGUAGACAGUGGAAGGAAUGACAGAACUGUAACACUUACAGUUGAUUUAGUUUGUAAUAAUCAAAUAAUUAAUAAAGAAUGCAUAGGUAGUAUAAACUAUUUAAAAAACAAAUUUGAGUAAUGUUGGAACUACUAAUAUAUAUAUAUUAUAUUAAAAUGAGACAUAAAAUAAAUGUUUUAAAUGAUAAAUCUCUACUUCAAAUUUUCGUAGUCUGAAAUAUAAAUAAUACAUAAUAUAUAUAUUUCAGGAAAGUAUUAACUAGGAUACUGAUAUACUUUAUAUCACUGACUGACUGUUUACAAAAUUAUUUACAUUAAAAGAAAAAAAAAAAUACUAAUAAUAAUAUUAACUUGAUCAUUUAAAAUUUAUUAUACUAUUUACAGAUAAUUAAUUUUAAAUUUGUCACUCUAAUACACAUUGUAUUUAAAAAUAUAUUGUGCAUAUAUUUACAUUCACAAUAUUUGGGGAAAAUUAUUAAAUUAAUAAACAUUGAAAACAAACAUCAAUAAUUAUGAAGAAUUACACAAAUGCUAGUAUCACAGAAAUCAUGGUACUAUAUAUAAAAUUAUAUUAACAUUUAUGCAAUAAAUACAAACAUAUUGAUGUCAUCUUCAUCUCGUUUCAUGUAUUUAUGUUCAAUUAGCCACUCAACUUGUUCUUUGAUCAUUUUUUUACUUGGCAAAAACAUAUUUUUCAAAAUAUCAAUUAAUUCUGUCUGGAGAUUCCAAUUUGAUAUCUGUUUUCUCAUUUUUAAAAUUUUGAUGAUGGCUUCCUAUACAUUAAAAACAUUUAUUAGCCAACAAGUUGUAUUUAAUUUUGUUUAAUCAGCACUUACUUGUACUCUUAAUAUUCUUAAUUGGACAAUACAUUCAUUAUCUUCUUCUUUACUUCGUUCAGUAGAUAAUUGUAACCUUCCAAUUAAAUUGACUUUUCCUCUUUUUUGAAGCUUACCGUUUUUACUAAAAUAAUGUCAAUUAAAUUAAAGUAAUAAUUUUAAUACAGAAUAUAGUUUGUUUAUUACAUUUAAUAUUCUAAUUAUUAAUCUUAAAUAAAUUAAAUAUUCUAAUAAUUUAAUCUUACAUUAUAGAAAACUGUUCAUUAAUCCAAAAUGUUGUGUUUUCAUUGAAUUCUUUUGGGGAUGGAGCUUCUGGUGAUACUUGCACAACUUGUUUUUUCAAUUUUGGGAAAGAAGUGAGAGACUGGCC